UGAAACGUCACCAUAAUCCAAGAUGGACUCCGCAGUACUGGAAGCAUCUCUGUACACAGUUAAAGCGAUCGCCAUUCUGGAUAAUGAUGGAGAACGAGUAGUUGCAAAGUAUUAUGAUGACACAUACCAAACAACAAAGGAACAGAAAGAGUUUGAGAAGAAUCUUUUCAACAAAACACACAGAGCAAAUGCUGAAAUUAUAAUGUUAGAUGGCCUGACUUGUGUGUACAGAAGCAAUGUGGAUCUAUUCUUCUAUGUUAUGGGCUCUUCUAAUGAAAAUGAGUUGAUUCUAGUAAGUGUUCUAAAUGCUUUCUAUGAUGCAAUCAGCCAGCUGUUGAGGAAAAAUGUGGAGAAGAGAGGGUUGAUGGAUAACUUGGAUGGUGUUGUGUCAAUACUUGACGAGAUCGUAGAUGGAGGGGUGAUACUUGAAUCUGAUGCUUCAUCAAUUUUGCAGAGAGUUGCCAUCAAGAGUGAUGAUGUACCAAUCACAGAGCAAACUGUGGCACAGGUUCUUCAAACUGCAAAAGAUCAACUCAAGUGGUCUCUUCUUAAGUGACCCUUUACUCUCAAAGUCUAUUUAAUUAGAGUUAUCUGGAAAAAAAAAAAAAAAAACAUACAGAUACCAUUGCUAUGCAUCUGUUUUAGAACUUAAUAGAAAUUUCUACAAGUAUCUUAAUUGUCUUGAGGUUUUUCUUGUUGAACUGGUCUUGAUCGAAAAAAAAAAAAAAACAACACAUCAUCAUAUUGUACCAGAGGAAAUGUAACAAAAGCAGAAUAACAUUGUAAGCUGGUUCACUGAAGCAAAAUUGAAAAGUCGCCUUACAGGAAAGAAACAGGGAUUCCAACUCAAUUCAGCUGUGUCAAUCAGUGUUCAGGACCAGAGCAAGGAAAGAUGGCAAAUAAUUCUGAUGGAAUUCUUAAUUUGUUUUUAGUAAUAUUAAAAUAAGAUCCGUCAGUUUUGUUCAAGUGUCCCUGGUCACAGAGGGUUCCCUUAGGUAUACUACUAGCAAUGUAUCUUUUUUGUUUUGUUGUUUUUGUUAGUUUUGUUUGUUUGUUUGUUCUUUUUUAAGCUAAACAGCUCUUUUAGUUAGCCUGUGAAGGUGAAUAAAUUUGUGGAUGACUUUUAUUGGAAAGAUGGUCAGAUUUAGCAGCUGACAGAAUACAUGUACAUCAACUAGAAAUAAUAAUAAAAUGGCACUUGAAUGGUA